UGUACAACACUGCAGUGGAUUAGAACCAGCGUAAGCUUCGCUGCUCCUCGACAAGUAAAUCCGAUCCACCAUCUGUACCUGUGGGCUUUUACUCGCAGUAUAGUGGUGAAGCGCAAGACAGCUGCACCCUUCAGGUUUGAAGCCAGCCGUGAAGAGGAUCUGCAGCCAACCCGUCACAACUUGAUGCUGGUUGGCAGAUCUGCAGAAACCCGUCAAAACCCGAUCUUGCCGCUUUGCUGCUAGUGCAAAUCAUUACCUGGCUACUUGUACUAGUACAACCACCACCACCAGAUGAGCUGCUUGUUUGAAGUGUUCCUCUAUUUAUCAUGUGUAGUGGCUCUGAAGUCAGUGAUGGUGCCUUCAGCCUGGAACUUCCUUGUCGCAAUGGUUUAAACACCUUUCAUAUGUGAUCCAACCCAACAAGGACGACUUGUUGGGUUACAGCUGCAGUGUGGGCAGUGUCUCCCACCACAGCCCUGUUGGCUGGUAGAAAGCCUGAGGUCCUGACGCACCAGAAGAUGACCUUUCAGGUCGGGACGAGCCUUCCUAACUUUACAUGCGAGUCCUUGGUUGAACCGCACUGUUCUGGAAAGUAUCUGCGCAAACUGACCUUUUUGGCUCUCUGGCAUGACUCAGAAAUGCCCAUACCAGUUUGCCUACCAAGGUAUUCUUUUAUAAAGCACGGUUCAUUUUGAUCCUUUUCACACGUUCUUCUCUUCCAAGACAGCCCGCAGCCUCCAAUUAUGGCCCAAUUCAAGGGAAUCCCAGAGCUGACUACAUCGACUACGCCUCCCGAGGGGCCUGCACAAUCAGGGGUUGGGGCCGAUCUGCUCGACCAAGAAACAGCCAAAGCCAUCUUGCAACACACAUUGUCAUUAUGCACGGUGGACUCUGCGUUUGACAGCUCCGCAAGAUCGAUGAAUCCUGCCAGAUUCGGAGCCAUUGAUGAUGACGCUCCGCUGAGAGACAUUGGACGAGGUAGCUGUGGUAGUGUUUUCGAAAUCCCAGGGACCGGAUACGCCAUCAAGAAAGGUGCAAACACGGUUGCCAUGUGGAACGACUUCAAUUUGACGAAUUGUGCCGCCAACAGUUAUCUCAUGUCUCUUGGAUUGCUCGAACACGCCUUCCCCGAGCGUCGUUUACCGCUUGUGCCAAUGGCGCGCUAUUUCAACGGACCCAAAGCUGAUGCAUUUUGGCGAUCACACAUGACACGGUUUCCGCGGCCGGAUCGGAAGAGAGCAGCAACUUUUCACCUCGACCAUAUCUUGCCGGUACCUACACGUACCCGUGAAGCGCUCGUUCGACGCUUUUUCGUCGACGACGAACAGACUCAGCGCUACGUGCUGAACUACCCGGACAAUCGAGACUGCCUCGUACGCGUCUACUUUGGCAAGAACAAUCCAAGCAACCAUCUAUACGACCGAACAGACACACUACGCAAUUUUCCUCUCUACCUAGAUCAAGCUAAGGAGAUUGGAAUCGACAUUGAUGCGUUGGCAGAAGAGAUGGCCAUGGGCCUUGCAGUACUACACUGGAAGGCAGGAAUUGAUGCUCAAGAUACUGAAUUUGUGAUUGGCAGCUCGACAACCAAGGCUUUUGGAACGGUAUUUUCAGAUCACACUUCUCAGGAACCACCAGUGUCAACCAUGGAUGAUCUCACGCAAAGGGAAGUACAAUUAUGGAUGCUGGAUUAUGACAAAGCUUCCAAGUUCGACAUCGAAAAAAUGCAACCAUUCACGCUGCUCGAAAGAUACCUGGUCGCAGUGACCGGAAACGAUCCAUACUUCCCGCAUCCUGUGCUAGACGUUGCUCUGUGGAGGGUGUUUCGAAAUGCGUACGUGGAAGCGAGCCAGAUAAUCCUUCACGCCCAGGAUUGUUAUAAGAGCAUAGUGCUUGCACUGCCUGCAAUGUUGUUAGACGAAUGGGAGGAAUGGGGUGCGUUGGAUGUGGAUGCUGAUGAAUUUGACCCUUUUGAAAGGGGUGAUGAUGCGGACGAUGCAGAUGAAGAGGAGGAGGAUGAGGACGAAGGAGAAGAUGAUGAUGCUGAGAGUGAUGACGAACACCGCCUAUGAAGACGAUGGGCAAGGGCAUAGGCAUGAGCAUGGAUCCGCUGCGUAGAUGACAUUAUUACGUAGCUGCAGAUUCGACAUUCUUGUUUGAAAUACCGAUAUCCCAAUAUUCCUAGCUAUAUGCAAUAAGACUAAUUCGGCUUUGAUGUCCCAGCAUCCGAUGUUAAGCAGCACUCGCCAAAGCCACAACAGCCAACCUCUUCCCGCCCGUCUUUUCCAUCGGCACAUC